AUGGCUGGCCCCAACAUCUCCAGGAAUUCUUCUUGCAAUCCUGCACUGACGCCCCAUUUAACCAGUCUCUACCUCGUGGUGCUCAUUGGCGGGCUGGUGGGUGUCAUCUGCAUUCUGUUUCUGCUGGUGAAAAUGAACACCCGGUCUGUGACCACCACGGCGGUUGUGAACUUGGUGGUGGUCCACAGUGUUUUCCUGCUGACGGUGCCUUUCCGCCUAGUCUACCUCAUCAAGCUGACUUGGACAUUUGGGCUGCCCUUCUGCAAGUUCGUGAGUGCCAUGCUGCACAUCCACAUGUACCUCACGUUCCUGUUCUACGUGGUGAUCCUGGUCACCAGGUACCUCAUCUUCUUCAAGUGCAAGGACAAAGUGGAAUUCUACAGAAAGCUGCACGCUGUGGCUGCCAGUGCUGGCAUGUGGAUGCUGGUGAUCAUCAUUGUGGUGCCCCUGGUUGUUUCCCAGUACGGAAGGCAGGAGGAGUACAAUGCCACGCUCUGUUUUAAAUUCCACAAAGAACUGGCUCACGUGGAUGUACAAGUCAUCAACUACCUGAUGGCUGCUGUCGUCAUAGCCAUUGCAGUGAUUCUCUUGGUCUUCCAGGUCUUCAUCAUCAUGUCGAUGGUGCGGAAGCUGGGUCACUCCUUGCUCUCCCACCAGGAGUUCUGGGCUCAACUGAAAAACCUAUUUUUUAUAGGGAUCAUCCUUAUUUGUUUCCUUCCCUACCAGUUCUUUAGGAUCUAUUACUUACCACACUCCAAUGACUGUAAUGUUGCAUUUUACAAUGAAAUCCUCUUGAGUGUAACAGCAAUCAGCUGCUGUGACCUGCUGCUGUUUGUUUUGGGAGGAAGCCGUUGGUUUAAGCAAAAGAUAAUUGACAUGUGGAAUUGUGUUGUGUGCUGUUAG